CACGACAGGUCCGCGCGCGCUCUUAGCUGAACGAUGCGUAUAAAUAGUUCGCAACAGCGCAGGGUUGGCUGUGAUGAAGAAAAGCAAGGCAACCCAAAAGUUUAGUUUAGUAAGAAGGUAGUUAUCAGCCCCGCCUUAUAACCGGAGGAAUCUGCGGCGGUCAUGUUCUGAUUCAGAGGUGCGGAACAGACGGAGCGGGAUGAAGUCGGUGAUACGGAGCGCCAGACGGCGACCGAUCCGGCGCUUCUACUGCUGCGGAGUCGGGCUUCUCGCGGUCGUGUGGCUCGCACAGGUCCUCCAGCUGACAGAGAUCGAGUCUUCAUGGCCAGAAACAGACUUUCCCAGACGCAGGAUCCUGCAGUAUGGCGUGGAAAAUCAAACAAUUGACACUCCCAGAGCAGCAAUUCAUGAGUUCCCUGAGGACAUCUUCACCAAAGAGCAGCGCAAGAGAGGAGCCGUACUACUGCAUGUGCUCUGUGCUGUCUAUAUGUUCUACGCACUGGCUAUCAUUUGCGAUGACUAUUUUGUCCCAUCCCUGGAGAAGAUCUCUGAGAAUCUGCAGCUGAGUGAAGAUGUGGCUGGGGCAACUUUCAUGGCUGCAGGAAGUUCAGCUCCCGAAUUAUUUACUUCCUUAAUUGGUGUGUUUAUCACAAAGGGAGAUGUUGGCGUCGGUACCAUUGUUGGGUCAGCUGUCUUCAACAUACUGGUCAUAAUUGGAGUGUGUGGCAUCUUUGCCCGUCAGACGGUGGUCCUGACCUGGUGGUCUCUGUUCAGAGACUCGCUGUACUACAUCUUCUCAGUGCUGGCCUUGAUUUUGAUGGUUACGUUUGAGAGGAAGAAACCUUGGGAGCUACCAGGAAAGUUGUUUAACAGUCAGAUUGCCAGCUUUGUUCAGAGAUCAUGUGGCAGUCCGGGCCAAUGUUGUGUCAGGAGACAAACGUCCAGAGAUAAAGAGGCUGAUGAAGUGGGAACAAACGGCAACACCUCCAUGGUGCUGUUGAGGAAAGCUCCAGCAGGUUCGCCGCAGGAGUCAGCAGUAGUGAUGGUGGAUGAGCUGCUCAUCUUAAGGCCACACCAGCUCUCAUUCCCAGAGGCUGGACUGCGUGUCAUGAUCACACCACAUUUCUCUCCACGCACCCGUCUCACUAUGGCCGGACGUAUGCUCAUCAGUGAGAGACAGAGACUGCUCCAGGAGAAUAAGAUGAGCAGGACCUCAGGGAAGACAUUCGGUUCUAGAGGGAUAGUAAACGGAGGAAGUGUUGAAGCACAGCAAACACCUGAGGACACAGAAAUGACGGAUGGUAAGAAAGGAGCGAAGGUGGAGGUGGAAAACUCUCAGCCUGAGGAAGAGGAUGAGGACGGGGACGAAAUGUUCAAACCUCUCCAUAUUCCUGCUGGCUACUGUGCGCGUCUGAAGUGGCUUGUGUCCUGGCCGCUGGCUGUUCUGCUGUAUUACACAGUGCCUAACUGUGUUUUGCCGCGUUGGCAUCGCUGGUUCAUGAUCACCUUCAUUGCAUCAACCCUCUGGAUUGCUAUUUUUUCCUACCUCAUGGUGUGGAUGGUCACCAUCAUCAGCUACACACUUGGUAUUCCUGAUUACAUCAUGGGAAUCACUUUCCUGGCUGCUGGCACUAGUGUACCCGACUGCAUGGCGAGCCUCAUCGUCGCCCGCCAAGGAAUGGGGGACAUGGCAGUGUCGAACUCCAUUGGCAGCAAUAUCUUUGACAUCCUGCUGGGACUGGGCUUCCCCUGGGCUCUGAGGACGCUAGUAGUAGACCAUGGAUCAGCAAUAUUCAUCAAUAAUAAAGGCCUGGUCUAUUCUGUCAUCCUGCUGCUCGCAUCAGUCUUCCUCACGGUCCUGAGUGUGCAUCUAAACGGCUGGAAGCUGGAUCGGAAACUAGGUCUUGGUCUCAUGCUCCUUUACUCCAUCUUUCUGCUCUGCUCCAUCCUCUUCGGUCAGCUCUAGAGGCGCUGACACACUCUUCAGUGCGUUCUUGUUUUGGUUUCAUUUUUAUAGUGUUUUUACUGUAGAUCAGGUACUAAAUCUUGACUGAUUUCAUGCCUGCGUACAGUGUAUUAGCAAGAGGAAAUGUUGUGCUCUGCAGAAACAACCUCAGCAUGGUUUUCAAGAUCCGGUCAGUUGUUUGUUCUGACCACAGCAGGAACAGAUAAGCUUCAAGCUGGAAGGUUUACUGUAUAAUAUAAUGAUUUCUGUCUUCAGUCGACCCAGGAUGCUGACAACUUCCAGAAACACUAAAGUUACAAUCAAGCACUGUUUACCUGCUUAUGACUUCAGUAAUUCUUCUUGGCAGUGUUUUACCCUUGUAAAAAAGAAGUACAUUUUAGCAUACUUAAUUUAAAGAAUACGUGUUAUGGACAUAACAUACUUUAAAUGAAUAUACUUAAGUGUGAACUGAAUGUAAUAUUUUCAGACACUUAAUUGCAUGUUCUUUGCAAUUAAUGAAAUUGUGUUAUAGUUUAAAUGUAUAU